AUGUUAUAUAUAGGAGCCCAAUAUCCAGUACUUUCUCAUCCACGAUCGAUAUUAUCAUCAUCAUUAUUUCUGGAUGAGGAAUUAAGCAGCGGUGAAAUAGAACCUCCGGUUUCAGUUUCACCAAAGGAGGAGGAGGAGAUGUGUGUUGACUGGAGAGGCAGGCCUUGCAACCCUAACACCCAUGGUGGAAUGAAGGCUGCUGUUUUUGUCCUCGGUCUGCAAGCAUUUGAGAUGAUGGGGAUAGCGGGAGUUGGGAACAAUCUCAUAACAUAUGUUUUUAAUGAAAUGCACUUCCCUCUCUCAAAGUCGGCUAACAUCGUCACCAACUUUAUCGGAACUGUCUUCCUUCUCUCUCUCCUCGGUGGCUUUCUCUCCGAUUCUUAUUUAGGCAGCUUUCGGACCAUGCUCCUUUUUGGCUUUGUUGAGCUCUCCGGUUUCAUAUUACUGGCGGUCCAAGCUCACGUGGAUGAACUAAGACCAGUGCCUUGCAAGAUGUUGAUCAUGAAAGUAGCUGCAGAUGAUAUUGAUCAGCAGGAGUGUGAGGAAGCAAGAGGGUUCAAGGCGGCGAUAUUGUUUACAGCCCUUUACUUGGUGGCCUUGGGAAGUGGCUGCCUUAAGCCCAACAUCAUCUCUCACGGAGCUGAUCAAUUCAGAAUUAACAUUACCAAUAAGCGCCGCAAGCAUCAUGAUCAACAUGUGCUUUCGUCUUACUUCAACGCCGCCUACUUCGCAUUCUGCACCGGCGAGCUCUUGGCCUUGACUCUCCUCGUUUGGCUCCAAACUCACUCCGGCAUGGAUGUUGGCUUUGGCGUCUCCGCCGCCGCCAUGGCCGUUGGAUUGCUCUGCUUGAUUUCUGGCACUUCUCUCUACAUCACCAGGCCACCUCGCGCUCGCCGAAGUAUUUUCACUCCUAUUGCUCAAGUUUUUGUUGCUGCCUUUUCAAAGAGAAAGCAAGUCUGCCCUUCAAGUCAAGCAGAGAUUAUCCGCGGAAGCCAAACCAAUGUGCAAAACCACCUUUUUGCCACCCCUACUAACGUCACCAAUCUCCUACACACGGAUAAGUUUAGAUUCCUGAACAAGGCAUGCAUCAAGGUAGAAAACGGAAGUGGGGAGAGAAGCAGUGAAAGUCCAUGGAGACUGUGCAGCGUGGGGCAAGUGGAGCAGGUGAAGAUAAUCCUGUCUGUCAUCCCAAUAUUCGCGUGCACCAUCAUCUUCAACACCAUCUUAGCCCAACUCCAGACAUUCUCCGUCCAGCAGGGAAGCGCCAUGGACAACCGCAUCUCUCGCUCCUUCAGCAUCCCCCCGGCCUCCCUCCAGGCCAUCCCUUACAUUCUCCUCAUCUGCCUCGUCCCUCUUUACGAGCUCUCCUUCGUCCCCGCCGCACGAAAGCUCACCGGCCGCCCCUCCGGCAUCUCCGCCCUUCAGAGGGUCGGCGUCGGCCUCUUCAUCGCCACCUUCUCCAUGGUUUGCGCCGCCCUGGUGGAGGCCAAGAGGCGGCGCACCGAGAAGGCCGUGAUGUCGAUACUUUGGAUAGCACCGCAGUUUCUGAUAUUCGGGCUGUCGGAGAUGUUCACGGCGGUGGGGCUGAUAGAGUUCUUCUACACGCAGUCGUUGGAGGGGAUGCAGUCGUUUCUGACGGCCAUGACGUACUGCUCUUACUCGUUUGGAUUCUACUUGAGCUCUGUGCUGGUUUCUUUGGUGAACAAAGUUACGACUAGCAAUACAUCGGCCGGGUGGCUCGGCUACAAUGAUCUUAACCAAGACAGGCUUGACCUCUUCUACUGGCUUUUGGCUGCUCUAAGCCUCGUCAACUUUUUCAAUUACAUCAUCUUCUCCUCCAAAUGGCCAGUGUAUUCUUCUUCUUCCUCUUCUUCCAAUCCAUCAAUAAUUGUAUCACCCACUACUGCUAGUGCUACUACUGCCGAUCAUGUUGCUGCUGCUGCUGAUGGACAAGGACACGGAUAAGUCUUUGAAAACUACAACA